AUGAGAUUCUCAAUCCUCCUUGUUCUAUCUGCUCUGGCAAUUAUCCAGGCUUCUGUGAUAAAAGCGCCGACAAGUAGAGCCAAUCUCAACGUAGGGUAUGCUGCUGCCGGUGACAGACUCCUAUACAGGACUUAUAUCUACAAGCCGGCGAUACCAAAUAGUGUCCAGCGCGAAGAUCUCGUUUAUCGUGGCAAUUCCACAACAAGGAUCAGUGCUAUCACUGCAACAGAAGUUGGCUAUACUCAGUAUGCUACAGCGUGGGUGAUCAGUGGUAGUAUUGGUGCUAAUAAUGUGACCAUCAGGUUCCAAUCAGCCUUAGGUUGGGGCUACUACUUCCUCGUCGAUAUUUGGGGUCGAUAA